UCAUUCACUCAUUCUACUAAGUUCUUAAUUUUUCUUUUUUCCACGCCGGCAAUAAUGAACUUUACUUUAUUUUCUAUUUAAUAUAUUUUCUUCUUCACUUUGUUAAUACCAUAUGUAUGAACCAGAAUGGAAACUUCUGAAUAUUUUGAGAAAUUCACAUGGAGAAUUGAAGAUUUCUCCACAAAGAAUGGCAUGAAAUUAAAAUCCAAAGACUUCAAAAUCCGCGGUUAUACAUGGAAGAUCCUUGUUCAUCCACUAAGGAAGGAUGUUGAUCAUUUUACAUUUUAUUUAAUGGUUGCUGAUUCUUUACCACCAUAUGGAUGGAAUAGAGACACUUUUUUCAAGUUGGUUCUAAUUAAUCAACUUGAUAUGAACAAGUCCAUUGUAAAAGAGACUCAACAAAAGUUCAAUGGAGGAUAUAGAUGUUGGGGCUCUUUUUUCAUAAGACUCAAAGACUUCAAUGAUCAUAAACAAGGGUAUCUUGUUAGGGACACAUGCAUACUUGAAGCUCAUAUUUGUGUCUCCAAUUUUACACCCAAAAUUCAUGACAUCAAUUCUUUGAACCCAAAUUCUACCGAUCAAUCCUCCGAUGUAAGGGAAACGGUUUGUCCAAGAAUGUCAGGUUCUACUUCUAGUCCAAGAGCAUCAGGUUCUACUUUUAGUCCAAGAACAUCAAGUUCGGAUUUAACAAUUCGAGAAUUUCUGGAUUUGGAAAAUUUAAAACCAGAAGAAAAAUGUCUUAUUCCUCUUUUAGAUGAAAUGUGCAUGUGGCGUCCGUCUCUGAUAGAGAAUCUGAUGAAAAAAACUCCUUUGUUUAGACAAUGGACACUUAUGUCGUUAGGUCAAAUUUUGCAUUUUCUUAAGACGAAGAAAGUGAAAGAUAUGAAUGAAGAUGAUAUUGAGAAAAUUAAAAGUUUGUGGGAGGAACUCGCGAACUCGUCCGAAUUAGACUUGAGUUGGUUAGAGCCUUAUGUUCAAUCUGCUUUAGGUGUGAAACCUUAUAUAGAAAGAGCUAAGAAGUUAAAGAAACUAAAGGAUAAAGUUGUUGCUUUGGAUAUUAAAAUGAAGCAGCUUAGAGAUGAAUUGACUGCUUCACAAGCACAAUAUGAGAUUGCAAGGAAAGGCUUAUCUGAAGUAAGAAAUGGUUUUCAAGAAAUGAAUAUUAAUGCUCCAAUAGGUUAUACUAUGUUAUAGUGAUUAGUUUUGGAUUAACAAAUUUGAAGUGUUAUAGUUUUAGAUCAAGAUUAUUAUUUAAAUUCUUUAAAUUCUUUUUGUAUAACAUUUAUUAUUGUUUAUUUCCCCCGUUUUUAUUUAUGUAUAUUAAAAGUCUAGAUAAGCAAUAAUUUAGAUGUAAAUUAACCAAAUCUUUCAUAUAUUGAAAUAUGUUUGUCUAAUA